AUGAGCAGGUCAGAUGAAGGUGCAAAAUACAGAGGGAUUCGGCGACGAAAAUGGGGGAAAUGGGUGUCGGAAAUUCGAGUUCCAGGUAGCAGUGAACGCCUUUGGCUAGGCACUUACACUACCCCUGAAGCUGCAGCUGUAGCACAUGACAUAGCCUAUUAUUGUCUCCGCCCGGAAUCAUCAUCCUUAGAUAAAUUAAACUUUCCUUCCAUGUUACCGCCUAAUGCUCAACGUGGAAUGUCACCAACAUCUGCUCAAAAGAUGGCCUCUGAUUCUGGAAUGGCUAUUGAUGCACAAUUUCUUACAAUAGCAAGACCAGGUCAGCAACAUCAAAGUGUUGACAACUAUGGGCAAAAUCAAGCUCUCAACAUUUCUGUUGAAGAUUAUCUAUAUAUGUGA